GAACCUCAAGAAACGGACGCAGCUGGCGUAUCAACUGAAGCUGAUAGAAAGCGCUUCUGGCCACUGUCUCAACCUGUGGAACCAGGGAAAGGUGUGGAUCCAGAAGCAACUGCGUACCUGUUCCUUCUGAGGAGGUGUGACCCCAUCUAGAACAGAAGCAGACCAAGAUCUUCAGGCACCUGAAGGAGCAUGCCAAAUGCCAUCCCAUACCCUUGCCCAAUGGCACAGGCAUCAGGUACCAAGCCUCUUCCAUAUGAACCUGAGGAUGUGAAUUGCUUGGAAACGUGCUCAAGGAAUUUAGUCAGCUUGCCUCUUUCCCCCCAAACUCCAGUUGCACUCUCAGUUUUAUGAAACUCCCUGUCCUACACUGAGUGCUUUUCCUCUUGGAUGGAAACCAUGAGGGGCUCCUGGAGGAGUCUUCUCCCAUUAACUGUAGCUCUUUUUGUGGGGGUUGGUGAUUGCCAGAGAGACCUUGCUGGACUACUUGAUCAAAGUCCUUCAUUCAGAACUGAAUCUGGGAACAGAGAGGCAACUCGGCUACGAUUCCGGAAUCAAGGUAACUCAGGAUCGACAAACAAGGUGUUCAACUUGUUCCAGGUGCACAGUCCUCCUGCAACCUCAGACCAUGUUCCCGUGGCCUCUCAAACAGAUGCCUGGAUGAGAAGCCCAGCAGGAAGGGAUAACCGAAAGCCACCAUCUGCUUCCACAGACCACAGACUCUCUGCUCCCACAAAUGCCAGAUCUCAGUCCAGCAAUCCUGGGACAAAAAAUGAUGCUCCAAGCAGAAGCCAGAGUGGCAUUCCACAGCAGAGACAAAGGACGGGCAUCUCACAUCAGUGGCUACGAAAUGGGUUCAGGUCACGGACAGUGCCACAGCCAAGAAUGCAAGUUUCCAGAAGCCGGAUGGUAGGGCCGAAUGUCUGCGGGGGACAGUGCUGCUCAGGAUGGACAACUGCUCCUGGGACGAACCGAUGCAUUAAACCUGUAUGUGACCCUCCAUGCCAGAACAAAGGAUCCUGCAGCCGUCCCCAGCUUUGUAUUUGCCGUUCAGGCUUCAGAGGCUCCAGGUGUGAAGAAGUGGUUCCAGAACAAGAGUAUCAUCCUCCUGGCCUUGUGGCUGCUGCACAGUCUCAAGCAGCCUCCCUUCCAAAGAGGAUGAACAAUGCAGAGAAAGAAAGCUCACCAAGAGGGGUGCAGCUACCUACCAUGCAGAAGCUACCAUCUGGGACUCAGAGCAGAAGUGGCUCUCUUGUUCCCUCUCAGCAACAUGCAGGGUCCUCCCGCACAGUCCGACGCUAUCCAGCUGCUCAUAAUGGUCAGCUAACAUCCAAUGCACUGCCCAAUGGAAAUGGAUUUGAACAGAGCAAUGCUGGGCCACAUACUGAGCAUGCGCUGUAUCCCUGGGGUGCCAACGUGACAGAAAAAAUCAGGAAGAUAAAGAUCGUUUUCACUCCCACAAUCUGUAAACAGACUUGCCGAAAUGGUCGUUGCUACAAUAGCUGUGAGAAAGGGGACACCACCACCUUGUACAGCCAGGGUGGACAUGAACAUGAUCCCAAAUCUGGCUUCCGUAUCUAUUUCUGCCAGAUUCCCUGUCUAAAUGGAGGGCGUUGUGUGGGCAGAGAUGAAUGCUGGUGCCCAUCUAACUCUACAGGGAAGUUUUGCCACCUGUCAGCUCUCAAACCAGAAAGAAAACAAGUAGGGAGGUCUCCGAAUAGUCUAGCAAUCAACUCCAUGAAGCAUUCUAUGUAUACACUUCCUCUGUCCAACCAACUUGCUUCAAUAAACCCUUCCCUUGUGAAUGUACAUAUCAACCACCCUCCAGAAGCCACAGUGCAGAUUCAUCAGGUGGCCAGAGUGAAGAGCGACUCAGACCAGUCAGAAGAGAAUAGCGUUGAAACAGUAUUCAUAUCUCAGCUUCCCACAGGCCCCCAGAACAAUGAUAAUACCACCACGAACAACAAGAUUGUUGCAGACAGCAACCAGCAACAGAGACCUCAGGGCCUUAUGGGAAGGUGUUACCUGGAAACAUUACAUGGAAAGUGUGCUGACCCAUUGCCUGGUCUGGCGAAUUAUGAGGAUUGUUGUGGCAGUGUGGGAGCCUUUUGGGGGGUUAGCAGAUGCAUCCCAUGCCCAGUGAAACCAGUUCAUCCAGUGAUUGAAAAUGGACAAGUUGAAUGCCCACAGGGAUACAAGAGAAUGAAUCGGAGCCACUGCCAAGAUAUCAAUGAGUGUCUAAUACUUGGCAUAUGUAAAGAUGCAGAAUGUGUGAACACCUAUGGUAGCUUUCUCUGCACUUGUAAACCGGGCACCAUGCUGGACCCAUCCCGCAGUCACUGUAUUUCGGACAAAGCAGUUUCCACAGAAUUGGGACUGUGCUACCGUUCAGCAGUAAGAGAAGCCUGUACUCUGCCACUCAAUCAGCGUAUCACCAAACAGAUCUGUUGCUGCAGUCGUGUUGGCAAAGGAUGGGGGGGAAAUUGUGAGAAAUGUCCAUUGCCUGGCUCUGAAGCCUUCAAGGAGAUUUGUCCUGCAGGGCAUGGCUAUACCUAUUCCAGCUCUGACAUCCGGAUGUCCAUGAGAAAGGCUGAAAUAGAUGAGCUCCCACGCAGCUCAGAAGAGCAUAAGGAAAAGAGUGACAGGGCUCCUGACUGGGCAAUAAGAAGGCAGCAGCUGGAGGAGGUCUUGAGGAGUGGUGUCACUGACACACUCCCUGGGACUGACAGCUCAGCAGGAAAAGCAGAAUCUCCAGAAGAUCCGGAUACAGAUGAUGAUGUUCAAGUACCGGACAGUAGCCCAGUGGAUGUGGUGGACGUUUCCCCCCAUUUUCCUGACCAGCCUUUUCCAGGAGGAGCUGUAGGGGAGGAUGUUGCUCCAACAGAUAUAGCAACAGUGUUUACAGAAAUGAAUGCAUGCUCUUCUUCACCCAGUAUCUGUGGUCCAGGUGCCUGUGUGAACCUACCAGGAGGAUAUGCCUGUUUAUGUUAUCCUGGCUACCAGCAGCAUCCCAGUCUCACCUAUUGCAUUGAUGUCGAUGAAUGUGAGAGGAAUCCAUGUGCUGAGAAGGGCCACUGCAUCAACAGUGAGGGCUCCUACUCCUGUAUCUGUUUUUCUGGGUAUACCCUUUUCACCUCACAGAACACACAAACUUGUCAAGAUCUAAAUGAGUGUGAGCAGCCUAAUGUAUGCCGUGGAGGGCAAUGUGUCAACACACCAGGCUCUUAUUUCUGUGAAUGCAAGACCGGCUACAUCAUGAGUCACAGAGGACACUGUGAAGAUAUUGAUGAGUGUGCAAACCCUCAUGCCUGUCCUAGAGAACGCUGCAUCAACUCUGAAGGCUCCUUCUCCUGUGUGGCUUGUGGCGUUGGAUAUUUGGUAUCAAGAGAUGGAAGAUUGUGUGAAGAUAUUGAUGAAUGUGUCUCUCCCAUGGCCUGCCCCCUGGGAAUCUGCACUAAUACUCAGGGUUCCUUCACAUGUCGAGCCUGUGACCCUGGCUAUACGCUCUCAUCCAGUAGACUCACUUGUCAAGAUAUUAAUGAAUGUGAAGACCCAAACACUCACUGCCUGGGAGGUGAGUGUUUAAACACCCUGGGUUCCUACAUGUGCCACUGCCAGUCUGGAUUUGAGCUCUUCAAUCAAACCAGUUGUGAAGAUGUGAAUGAGUGCCUGGACAAUGAGAUCUGCAGCCCCAAUGGCGAAUGCUUGAACAGUCAUGGAUCCUAUUUUUGCAUUUGUGGUCUUGGCUUCUCAAAUGCUGCUGGUGGAGUCAGCUGCCAAGAUGUAGAUGAAUGUGCAGACCAGUCCAGGUGCUUACGUGGCCGGUGCCUCAAUACAGAAGGAUCCUACAGAUGCUUGUGCUUUUCAGGCUUCAAGUAUUCCCAGGAAACUGAUGACUGUAUAGAUGUGGAUGAAUGUGAAGAAUAUGGGGGUACGGCGUGUGGCACUUGGCAAUGCCAGAACACAUUGGGCUCAUACCACUGCAUUGUGGGAUGUCCACUUGGAUUCCAUCAAGCAUCAUUUGGAGAAUGCAUUGAUAUUGAUGAAUGUGCCAAUGAGACACUGUGUGGAAGCCAUGGCUUCUGUGACAAUACAGAUGGCUCAUUCCGUUGCCUGUGUGACCGUGGCUAUGAAACCUCACCUUUAGGCCAUGACUGUGUUGAUGUGAAUGAGUGUGAGCUGAUGGUUGCAGUGUGUGGGACGGCCCUCUGUGAGAAUGUAGACGGAGCCUUCCUGUGCCUGUGUCCCAGUGACCAUGAGGAAUACGACACAGAAGCAGGAGUGUGCCGCCCCCGAGCAGGCAUGGGGGAACCUGGAAGGCCUGUAUCUUUGCAUCCUGGCAGCUCAGAACACAAAGCGUGUUACUAUCAUAUCAGUGACGUCCCAUUGUGUGACAGCGUCUUGGCCAACAACACUACAAAGGAGGAAUGCUGUUGCACUGAAGGAGCAGCCUGGGGAGACAACUGUGAGACCCAUCCCUGCCCUGUCAUUGGCUCAGUGGAAUAUAUUGAGAUUUGCCCCAGUGGAAAGGGCUAUAUCCCUGUGGAAGGGACACUGAUCUUUGGACAGACAUCUUACACAGAUGCUGAUGAAUGUGAGAUGUUUGGUUCUGAAGUCUGUCGGAAUGGACACUGUGUGAACACAGUACCAGGGUACACGUGUUUCUGCCGCUCCGGUUAUAUCUAUGACUCCAGCAGGCUUGAGUGUGUUGACCUAGAUGAAUGUGAGAAUGAAGAGGCCUGUAUCAAUGGCAAGUGUCUCAACACAGCUGGCUCCUAUCACUGUUUCUGCAGCCUUCCCCUGGUGCUGGAUGCAACCCGCAACCGCUGCAUCAAUGUCUCCAGUAGCUCAGAUGAUGUGGAUGAACAUGAAAUUCACUUGGACAUCUGCUGGCAGAGAGUCAAUGAACACUACAUAUGCAUUGAGCCGCUUUUGGGACAUAGGACCACAUACACAGAAUGCUGCUGCCGUUAUGGAGAGGCCUGGAGUCCGCACUGUGCACUCUGCCCCCCCAGGACCUCUGAGGAUUUUGCUCAACUGUGCAAUGUUGCCAGGGGUGAGGCUGGACUCCGAGAGAGGCCUAGCUAUGAAUAUGGACAAAAUCAGGAAGACCACCAUGAGGGACUCUACAGCCCAGAUUUAGAGCCCUAUUACAACCACUUGGGUCUUGAGUACGGAGUGCCUGACACCAGCCUCUCCAGAACAGAACCAAGCCAUGAAUUUGGAGACAGCACAGCCCUACAAGCACCUCGACUCCGUCCAGCACAGACACAGCCUCACUAUGUGCCUGGCCAAACUGGGCACUACAGCAGUUUUGAAGGGCUGCAAGCAGAGGAGUGCGGGAUCCUGAAUGGCUGCGAGAACGGGCGCUGUGUGCGCGUGCAGGAGGGCUAUACUUGUGACUGCUUUGAUGGCUUCCAGUUAGACUUGAUACUUAUGGCCUGCGUGGAUGUGAACGAGUGUGAAGAAGCAAGCACCUCUGCAACCCUGUGCGAGGGCAGCACCUGCGAGAACACAGAAGGCUCCUAUCGCUGCAAGUGCUUGCCUGGUUAUGUCGCUUUAGCUGAACCACACCGCUGCGUGCCGGAGGCAACUCAGAGUCCAGAGGCAGCGUGACUCCAAAGGCGGUGAUGGAACAGGGCAACCCCUUCAGACACUUGGCUUUGGGAUCUAGAGGUUCUUCCAGCUGGGAAAGAAAGAGUGCCUGGGAUAGCAGCAGCUUUAAACCCCUUUGAUUGAUUCCCAAAGUGCAAAAACUCAAGACGUUUCACUGGGUUAAACUCACAGGGACCAAGGCCACAGGGACGCUCCAGUUCCAACACGACCUUGCUGGCCUGCUCAACACAAGCUUCCUGCUUCAGCCACAGUGUAAACUCUCAGGGCCCGGACCCCCCCUCACCAUGUGCCAUUUCAUCCUUGCCAAAUCCCAUUUUUAUCAGAAGUCCUUGUCCUUCAGUUACUUACUCAUAUUGUCAGCCAACAAUAUGUUCGGUCCCCAUGUCAUCUCCUCGAUAUCUUGAAUGUGCAGGAUCAUAUGCCCUAGUUCCGUAUGGAUUCUAUUUAUAGUCUGGCAAGUGUAGCUUGGACUCCAAAGGCCAUUUUUGGCUCAGUCUCUCUGUAUUCAUCCCACGCCAUGGGCAUCCACCCCUGCACUUUCUAUGACUGCUGGAUUAUUAGUUUGGGAUGUGGGAAGGAUUACAGUUCUUUAGGCUGGGAAAGUACUCACUGUGGUGCUUUCUGUUUGGGGGGAAAUGCAACAUAGUGUUAAAUAAAUGGUUUUAUAUUGUG